AUGAGCCAAUACCCUCCAUCUGAUGCGCUCACUAGCUCUCGCAAUGGGAGUCCCCAGCCGUCAAACUCGCAACCUGGCUCUGCUCCGGGAUCGAGUUCAGCCAACAAGGCGAGAAGCAGCGACUAUGUUUAUUUCGAACGAUCCACCGAUGAAUUCUCGUCCGAUGCAGUAUCUCGAGCUACAGCGACCAAACUGAAAAUGGAGUCAUACUAUAAAGUCGCUGUUGAUGCCGCGAUUGAACGUAACGGAAGGCGUGCUGAACUGGAACUCAAGAUCAACCAGGCGAUGAUGCCCAACGAGUCAAAGGAGCGCGAGAUUCGUAAAUACCGCAAGCUCGAAUCACAACAUUUACGUUUGCGGAGAACGAAGAUUCGCCUGACCGAUUUCCGUACAAUAAAAGUCAUUGGAAAAGGCGCAUUUGGCGAGGUGCGAUUAGUACAGAAGGUCGACACCGGAAAGGUUUAUGCUAUGAAAACACUACAGAAGGCGGAGAUGUUGAAGCGGGAUCAGCUUGCUCACGUCCGAGCGGAGCGAGAUCUAUUGGCGGAAUCCACAUCGCCUUGGGUGGUACAAUUGUACUAUUCGUUCCAAGAUCCUCUAUAUUUAUACCUAAUCAUGGAGUUCCUUCCUGGCGGUGACCUGAUGACAAUGUUGAUGAAGUACGACGUUUUUUCUGAAGAUGUGACCCGGUUUUACAUGGCAGAGUGCAUCCUUGCAAUCGAAGCCGUACAUGAUUUGGGCUACAUACAUAGGGAUAUCAAGCCUGAUAACAUCCUGAUCGACAAGAAUGGACAUUUGAAACUAUCGGACUUUGGUUUGUCAACUGGCUUGCAUAAGACGACGGACGGGGAUUACUACAAGCGUCUUCUUGACCAAGAGAAAGCCAGAGAUCCGGCUCGUAAUAGUGUUCAAGUCAACCCUAUCCAUCUAACAAUGAGCCGUGAGCAAAUUGCUACCUGGAAAGCUAAUCGUCGGAAGCUGGCUUAUUCUACAGUCGGGACACCCGACUACAUUGCACCAGAAGUGUUCCUAUUGAAAGGGUAUGGUAAAGAAUGCGACUGGUGGUCAUUAGGUGCAAUCAUGUUCGAAUGUUUGGUUGGGUAUGCCCCAUUCUGUUCGGAGAACCCGAGCGACACGUACAAGAAGAUUAUCGAUUGGCCUAACUAUCUCUAUUUCCCGGAAGAGGUACAUCUCAGUCAAGAAGGAGAACAUCUUAUUAGAAGCAUGAUGACUUGGGCGAAUUCACGUCUCACGGUGGACCAGGUCAAAGCACAUCCUUUUUUCUUUGGUGCUGACUGGAAUAGCUUGCGAUACAUCGCUCCACCUUUCGUUCCUGCGCUAUCUUCCAUCACGGAUACAUCGUACUUCCCAACGGAGGAGCUCAGUAAUACGCCCGAGCAACUCGAAGUUGUCGAACAGGUGGGUUCAGACAAAGACCUUGCUUUCUUGGGGUUCACGUUCAAGCGGUUCACUGGCGCUCAAACUGCUUGA